CUCGAGGGGUUGUGGCCUCGCUUUCCUGGUGUGUGGAGUGUGUUGUGGACCUGUACGGUAUCAGUCCUAUCCGAAGAUCAGUCUAUGAACUCUAAGCUCCAUCCAUAAUGGGCAAGACUGGCUGGGUGACCAUCAGACGACCGAGGACCAAAAUGUCAAAGCUGCCAUCCAAUCGCCAUCUACCUCAGCCCUCCAGACUGAGGCCUCCUGGAUCAGCCAUGAAGCGUCUGGGGAGUGACAGUGCUAUAACUUCCCCUGAGAAGCGGUCCAGGCAUUCUGGAGAUGCUGAAGACGCUGGUAUCAUGUCAAGGCCUCAGUACCGUGGAGGCACCAGGGGAGGACGUGGCAGUCUCAGCAGAUCUGUGUCCAUGGCCAACCUAAACUCUGGUGUUACAAGAAAUAGAGGCAUAACCAAGAGGAACUUGGCCAGCUCCAGGAUGGGUGCAUCAACCCUCAACCUGACUGGUCGUCCGUCUAACAUCACUGCUGCUUCGGCCAACCUUGUCCGACAAGGAGCAGUGUCUCGUAGGCCUGGGGCAAACAUCACCAACCGAGUAAACAACACCCAGGACACUGACACAGGUCCUGGAGGGGAUGCAGUCACUAAAGCCAAGAAGAAAAGGGCUCCAUGGGAUCUGAAAGGACGACUACAAGACAUGGAGGAACUGGUCAAGUGUAGCACAGUUGAGCGGGAAAACCUGCUGGCCAAGUUCAAUGAUUAUGACAGUCGCAUUCAAAAUCUGGAAGAGGAAAAACAAAACUUGAACCAAAACUUGCAACAGUCUCAUUCCACAACUCAAGCCAAUCAGGAACAGAUUGAUGCUCUGACUACCAAGCUCAAUGAAGAAGUAAGGCAGAGAAGUAAUGAAAGACAAGUAUUGGAAAGAAACAUUGAAGAACCAAUCCAAAAAUCUUCCCUUGAAAGGAGGAUCAAGACACUGGAAGCAGAUCUCUCAUCCAGGGAAGAUGAGCUGGCAGGUCUUAAGACCACAGUUUCUAACUUGACAAGUGUCUCAAGUGGCCUUGAGGCUCAACUGAGCUCUACAAAACUACUACUGAAUGACCGGAAUAAGAAGGUGGCUGAAUUAGAAGAUGAAACUUCUACUCAAGCUAAUACUAUUAUUAUCCUUGAAAAGAAGUUGUUGGAGGGUGAGACUUUCCGUAGGAAGCUUCAUAACCAAGUCUUGGAGUUAAAGGGAAACAUUAGAGUUUUCUGUCGGGUACGUCCUCUGAUAGGAGAGGAAAUCAAGAACAACGGGGAUUCCAGUGAUAUCCAUCACAUUAAUUUUCUUGAUGAACGCACUCUUGAGCUUUGUAAAGGUGGAGAUGUGAACAGCAGCACUAUGUCUGGCCUCAAGGGGCGAGGAAACGGUCUCUUGGAAUUCACGUAUGACAAGGUGUUCACCCCGUGUGCAACCCAAGCAGAAGUAUUUGAGGAGAUAUCUCAGCUGGUCCAGUCAGCUCUGGAUGGAUAUAAUGUGUGUGUGUUUGCUUAUGGUCAGACUGGAUCAGGCAAGACUUUCACCAUGGAAGGCUGUCCUAAUAGUGAGGAACUGGAAGGUGUCAUCACCAGAACAGUGAGACAUGUGUUUACUUCAAUGAAGGAACUGAAAGAUAAGGGUUGGACGUACACAGUUGAGGCCAGCUUCCUGGAAAUCUAUAAUGAGACCAUCAGAGACCUGCUGGUGUCAUCAAAAGAGGCCAAGAAUCUGACAUAUGACAUAAAAUUGGUGGACAACAAAAAGAGCGAUACCUAUGUCACAAAUCUUAAGAUUGUUCCUGUGACAGAUGAAACCCAGGUGCACCAGCUGCUGAGGAUGGCACAACAGCAGCGUGCAGUGGCAGCUACCAACAUGAAUGAACGCUCCUCUCGGUCUCAUUCAGUCUUCCGCCUUAAACUUGUGGGAGAGAAUUCUAGGACCUCUGAGUCUUGUGAAGGAACCCUGAACCUGGUGGACUUGGCUGGGUCAGAGCGACUUAAGGAAUCUGGUUCAGAAGGUGCCAGGCUUACCGAGACUCAAAAUAUCAACCGGUCCUUGUCUAAUCUGGGCAAUGUCAUCAUGGCUCUUGCACAGAAGCAAGGACACAUUCCUUACCGCAACUCCAAGCUGACCCAUCUUCUGCAAAACUCCCUUGGUGGCAACUCAAAGACCCUGAUGUUUGUGAAUGUGUCUCCAGUAGACUUAUGCUUUAGUGAAACUCUUAAUUCCCUUCGAUUUGCCACCAAAGUUAAUCAGUGUCACAUAGGUACUGCCAUAAAACAGGUCAAGAAGUAAAGCCACCCUUAUUUUGUAUUUGGGCUUCUAGCUGGAUUUUGUCUUCUCAACCUGUCUUUCAAAAAAUAUAUUGAUUUAAGGUUUUACAAUUGUAUUUAGCAAUAUGUAUGCAUAGUCAAUCACUGUUUCCUUAUAUAUUUUAAUAUAACAUUAGCAACUGAUAACACUUUGUUCAGAAUUCAAAGUGUAUUAUUUUCACAUAGUUCUCAUAAAGCACCACUCAUAAUUUUAAGGUAGAUAUAUUUUAUCAUGUAUUUUUAACAUGCUGUGCUCUCUCUCUCUCUCUCUCUCUCUCUCUCUCUCUCUCUCUCUCUCUCUCUCUCUCUCUCUCUCUCUCUCUCUCUCUCUCUCUCUCUCUCUCUCUCUCUCUCUCUCUCUCUCUCUCUCUCUCUCUCUCUCUCUCUCUCUCUCUCUCUGGAAAUAUAAUUUUAACAAGUAUUUCUCGUGUUUUAUGAAUACCAUUGAAAUCAUUCUCUUGCAUAGUACCUGAACAGUGUACAUAGGACUAGAUUCUUUUUUUUUUUCCUUGUGCAUUUUGGUGUAGCUUUAAAACAUUAACAUCUUUAGUUUUUGUUCAGCCUUAUUCAUAGAUCUUAUUUUAUACCUUUCAAAUUCAUGUUUUGAUGUAGGACAUUAAAAAUGUGUUAAAAUGUGUCUCUAUUUUUCAUUAAGCUAAUGCAUAUGACAUUUAGUAACAUAUAACUAAAAAUAUUGAAUAUCA